CAACAUGCUCACCUCCGGUUUCACCAACACCCCGCUCACCAAGUCCCUCCUAAUCUACACCAUCGCCUCCUCAAUCGCCCUCUCAAUCUUCGACAUCAAACAUCUCGCCUCGAUCCAUGUCUCACCACACUUCUGGCCAUAUGCGCAAUUCUGGCGCGCGCUCUUCUGGCAAAUAGCUGGAUUCACAAACUCCACCGAAGCCUUAUUCGCUGCAAUGCUGGUAUACCAUCUACGCGUCGUAGAGCGGGCAUGGGGGAAACGAAAGAUGGCCACAUUCCUCAUCACAACACUUCCUUACACCACUCUCCUCCCACCCCUCCUGCUAACACUGGUCGCCCGCCCACUCUCCCUUAACAAUCUCAAUUAUCUCCCCUCCGGACCAACCGCGACCAUCUUCGCUAUGCUAGCGCAGUACCAUGCGACAAUCCCAUAUGUAUACCGCUACCGAAUCGGUACAACAGCUGCGUCUAGUACUACCACCAAUCCCGGUCCAAACGACACAGCCCCAACACCCAAACCAACACCAAAAGGACUGACUCUCCUUUUCUCCGACAAAUCAACCACAUACCUCGUGGCCGCACAGCUCGCACUCUCCCAGUUCCCGGCUAUGCUUCUCCCGUCCGCUGUUGGUUGGAUCGUCGGAAUGGCCUGGCGCGCAGAGCUACUCCCAGGUCUAUCCCCAUCCGCAACGGGUUUCCGUGUUCCGGCGUGGAUUGUCGGGGAACGGGAGCGAAGGAGCGGGGCUGCGAAUGGUAGUGCUGCGGAGCGAGAACGGUAUGAGGAUUUGAGAAGAAGGUUGGAAGGGGAAGCGGCUGCUUCGAGUUCGGGACUGGACGGUGGUUCUGGGCGGAGGAGGAAUGUUGGAGAUGGGGAGGAAGGUGGGAGUCGGCAGGGGAAUGGAGGUCUUAUGGAGAGGUUGAGAGGGGCUUGGUGA